UAUUGUAUUGUGAACUGAAAAUUGUAUAUUGAUCAAACUGCAGGUAAAGUAAAGGAAUAGUUUUACUUUAAUAUAUAAUGCAAAAAGCGUUUGAGAUUCAGAAAAACGUUCGAGAUAAUGCCAAGACUUUCCAAACGUACCUAACAGAUUUACAAACUUGGGAGACAGAAAUGAAACGUAAAGAGGCCGCGCUUAACGGUGAUUUUGUUAAGGAUCUGCCCCCUGUGAGAAGUAAAAUUAAAAGAGAGCGACCAGUAGAAGUAAAGAAAAAGCCAGAAAAAAGGAUUUCUGCAUCGGACUACCAAGCUUGGGAAAAAUUUGAUGUUGAAAAAGCAUGCGAGGAAGUAGAUAUGGCUGAAAUUGGACCAGUGUCCUUAGAUAGCAAGAAGAGUGAAAAAGACAAGCUGGAGAAGCUUCGAGAAGAAGCACAAUAUGAAAAAGAGAGGGGUAAUGCAUUUGUUAAGGAAGAGAAAUGGGAUGAAGCGAUCAAAUGUUACAACAGGGCUAUUGAACUGAUCCAAAAUGAUGCUAUAUAUUAUGCUAAUAGAGGGCUAUGUUAUCUCAAGAAAGACAGUCUACACCAAGCCGUGGCAGAUUGUACCGCAGCACUCAACAUAGAUCCUACAUACGUGAAGGCAUUACAGCGUCGUGCCACCGCUAGGGAGAGGUUGGGAUCUCUCCGUGCUGCUACAGCUGAUCUUAAUGAAGUCCUGGCUCUGGAGCCAAGGAAUACUGCCGCUAAGAAACAACUGGAAGCUAUCAAGAUACGUAUGGGAACUAAAGGUUCUAAAUCUAAGUCAUCACCGAUCACAGAACCAAACGACUGCCCACAGAAGACUCCAAAGAUUGUAGAGUUGGAUAAUAAAGCAGUGCUUGAUAAGACAACUCCGGUUAAGACUGCCUUGGAGAAGUGGAAGACUGGUGAAGGAGAAGAUAUUAAUGUUAUGAAGCCAGUAAAGAAACCACCGCAUUUGAGAUCUAAGAGAGCCUUAAAAACUAUUACCAUAGAAGAAAUACCUUUAGGCAAAAAAUUGUCAGACAAACCUGCGACUCGUAUGAAAAUCAUAGAAAUUGACAACCAAGCUCAAGGUGAUAGCAACAAUAAUGAUAACAAAACCAAAGAAGAGAUAAAAGUUAGUGAAAAGACAAAUUAUAAGAAUGGAGAUGGAGACUCCAAUAUAUUGGGAUCUAUAAAGAUAAAAGAAGGAAAGAUAAAAGAUAAAGUAGACAAUGGAGAUUCUAAUAUAACUGUGGAAACGGAAAAGGAGAUUUCUAUUCGGGAUUUAGUGCCACCUGUCAACAGUGUGCAGUUUAUGGCCGAAUGGAAGAAUUUAAAAGGAAAAAAUUCAGCUAGAAGCAAAUAUUUGAGUAUAAUUGAACCAACUAAAAUACCAUCAAUUUUUGAGAAUGCUUUAGAAAGUGAUGUCUUGUCCGAGAUACUUCAGAUAUUGUCUCAAGAUAUGGAAAUGUUUAGUAACAAAACUGUCACCGCGUAUCUCAAAGGAUUGGUCAGAGUAAAGAGGUUUUCUGCUUUAGCAAUGUUCCUGUCUACUUCUGAUAAACAAUGUCUGAACAAAUUAUUGGAGCAUUGCAAAAAUGUUGAGAAAUGUUCCGAAGAAGACAUACUUGAUCUGAAGAACAAAUUUGAACUUUAAAAUUAAUUUACUUUAUAUAAUA